AAAUAUUAGGGAAAAUUACUUUUUAUAUUUGGGGAGGAGAAUCUUAAUUUUUGGUAGUUAUCCCUUCCAAUUCUUAAAAAUGAGGAGCAUGCAUGCAUAGUACAAGAAUGGUGUAGUAUAUUGUUUAUGUACAUACAUAACAGCAAAUAGCUCAUUUUCACCAUUCAGUGUAAGGCAUGAAGGGUGAGAUUAUCUUCAUGAAUUAUGAUACUAAGUGCAAAAGAUAUAUUUUCCUAUAAAGUUAGAGAAAUCUACUUGCCUUUAUAAAUACGUUAGAAGGAACAACUGAAAACCAGAAAGAGAACAGAUCUAAGGCUCUCUGUAAAGUCUACACCAUGCCUUCCACUAUAGCGAUGGCUCUCUCCCUCGUCUUCCUCUUUACAUUAGGCCAUGCAAUUGCCAGGGACCCCUUCCCUGGUAAGGCAUACUUGGAGCCAUCAGACAUACUGAAGGAUGCGUGCAACCACACCAAGCACUAUGACUUUUGCGUGGACAUGAUUGGUUCGGACCCAAAAAGCCGCACUGCAGACCUGGUUGGGGUCUCGGCCAUAGCCAUAAAGCUUGCCGUUGACAACACAACGAGUAUAUGUAACUAUGUAGUGAACUACUAUCACAAUACCACAGGCAAUCCCAAGCUUAUUACUUUCUUGAGUGGUUGUGCCGAUGACUACCAGUCUGCAGUCGAACUAUUGAAUGCCACUGCUCAUGAUUUUGAGGUUAAGGACUACAAAAGGGAGUUUGAGAAUAUCGGACGAAUUAUGGAUGUCUCCGUUGAUUGCGAAAUUGAGAAUGGGGCAACUCAAUUUGGUGGUAGCUGUUUGGGCAACUCAAUUGCGAAAUCUCGCCUAGGUAGUAGCUGUUUGGGCAACUCAUUCGGCAUCACAUCCUUGAACUCCUAUGAGAACUUGCUCAAUCUCUUGGGGCAUUGGUGACUCACCACGUCCUUCCUCAUUCUCCUUCAAGGCUGCAAGGUAUGUGGUCUCCCGCUUCUUGAGACCCUUGGUUUUUGGACAUUGCAAGGGCCCUCCUUCAACGCCUAACCUGAUUUAUUUCUUCUUUUUUCUUUACUGGGUCUUUCACCAAAUGCAAUAAUAAAGUACUUGGCAUGGCAUUGCUUGGGUCCAUUUUUUUUUGUUUUUUGAUUACAUCUGUUUAGCACAGCAUUGUUGUGGAUGCCCUGCACUCUUGGCUCCCUUAGAUGGACCAAAUGAGAGAGAGAUCGGAUAGUUAACUAAAAGAUGCAGAUAAAGUGAGGGAAGGGGAGCUUAGGACUAAUCCCCAUUUGUGACAAAAGAAGCUUGGGAAAAGUUGGAAUUUUCUAAGCUUGGGAUUAAUGCUCAUUCACGAUAAAAGAAGCUUCUCAUCUAUAGGUCAUGAAUGAAAGAGAGAGGAUAAGUAGAGACAGAAACUAAACCAAGAGACCCACAACGCAUCUUGAAAGGAUGAAGGGUCCGGGAAAUUUGCUUUUACUGGUUAUUUGGAUGCCAUACAUCAUGCUUUCCCAACCUCAAAGCCAAAAUCAAUGGCUGAUUAAUUGGGCUCAGGUCCAUGAAGGGUCAUCACUCUAUUCUGAAAAAUGCCCCAAGGAAAAACAAACAAAAUAAUUAGGGGCACGGGUGGGGCGGGGGAACCCGUACAACCAUGGCUGAACCCAUUACCACAACCUAUGAAUUAUUACCAACCUCAUGUGGUAUCAAAUAAAAAAGAAAUGUAACAGUGAAACAAAAUAAAGAAAAUACAAUCAAAGGAUCCAUGUGGAUCCAUUAAUGUAGUAUUUUCCUCGGAAUGUAUUUGCUUCGGCUUCAGCUUAUGAUCCCAAGGAACUCUGUCUGUGUUGUUGGCACCUAGCCCCCAACUAGCAUACUCUGCAUAAUAUAUGGUCCUAAUGCCACCAAGAAAUUUACAAGCUGUAAGUCAUAUAUAAGAUUUGUUAAAGCAAAUCAAUAUGAACUGUUAAUCCAUAUUUGAGACAUGGAAAAACUUGGGAAUAGAAGACCAAAAUGACUUGUUUUUCAUCAUUUUAUAUUAAACUUUUAACACUUCAAAUUACCUCCCCACACAAUAUACUACUAAAGAUGCAUACAACUUUCAUAAUAGCCAAUAGAGUUCCAUAACGAGCCAUGUGUUAUUACCAUGUCCCAUGUUUUCCUUAUAUUUCUUUCUUUUCCUCUUUUACAUCAUAAACUCAGAUUUCAGCUUAACCAUUACUGGUAAUAGGAGUCGAUCUAACUCUUUAUUUCUCGAAUUCUUUCAAUUUGGCUCUGGAUCUGUAUUGUGUUUCAACCUAAUAGAACCUUUGGUGUCAAAGAUAGCAUUGGUAGCCAAAAAGCAUGGAAAAUUUUUAACUUUAAAUUACCCCCUGACGAGAGGUACCAAACGACAGAUACCAAAGAUAGUUAAAAUUUUCCUACUAAUUGAUAAAUUCAUAGUUAAAGAUUGGGUAUAUAUGGUGCUUCUAUAAACGGCUAGAUGCUUUUACAUCCAAACCAUGUUUUUUGUUUUCAUUUUCUCUUGAUUUUUAUUUUGAUGUAUGGCAAACUCUGAUCUUAGCAAUGACCUCUUGUUGCGGAAGUGGGCCCAACUCUUUAGUUUACUCUUAUCCUUUCAAUGGCUCUUAAGAGGGUACCUUUUGUGUUUUAGCCUAAUAAAAUAUAACCUUCAGAGCUUAGUUAUCGGGAGUGGGAGUGGGAUCGGCUCUGGUUCUGGAAGCAGAAGCAUCAGAGCGAUGUCUGCCUAAACCUCCGGAGCUCGGGGAACGAGUUUUGAUGAGGGUAAAAGUAGCGGAUCGAGAUCCCGUAUGAACAGGGAGCACGUUUCCAAUACAUCGGGAUCAAGAUCCUCAUUGAACGGGAACGCUUUUUAUGUCAAAUGGGAUUGUAUUUCCAUAUUCAUUAGGAUCAUGCUCCCAUCGACAAUAGGAUCGUACCCCCAUCUAAUAAUGUUCGUGUUCCUAUUUGGAAAUGAUCGAGCUCCAUUCAAGGAAGGAUCGUGUUUUGUGCAUGAUUAGUCUACGCUCCCAUCAUAGAAUUAUGUUGUUUCGAAAAUUUGGCUUUAAAUAUAAUUAUUGUAUUUUAAAAUUAAUUUUAUUCGAGAAGUUUCUUUUAGGAUGUUUCAAGAAAAUAGGGAUGGAGUUUCGGAAAUGUAGGGAUCACGCUCUUAAAACUCUGGGAGCCGAGAUCUAAUUUAUUCAGGAACGAGAUCCUAAAAUUUAAGGAACACGUUCUGUGCAGUAUCGAGAGUGAGCUUCGUUGUGAACGGGAUCAAGAAUCCUAAAAAUAGGACCGAGCUCCCAAAAAGUAGGGAGUGAGUUAUGAUCGAGAUCUUGGCUAUGGAGUUGGGUUCCGAAACGGAAGCGCCCCCCUAGUUGGGUGCUCCCGGUAAAUAUGCUUCGGAGUAAUGGAUCCUAUUUUCACUUCCACUCCUUGAAAAACAACUCAAGCUUCGACAACCUCUAUAAAUUCAUUUUUUAGCGUAAGCAAAAUAUACUCUUGUGAGCCGGAGUUCAGUCGAUUUCUGAAUUUUUAGACGACUUUCCAUCUCAAUGCCCUUGUACUUUUCCAUCCAGCCAGCUAGAGGUGACAACAAGUAUAUAAUUCUAGCAUAUCAUAAAUGCAUACAAGGAUAUAUAAUUCUACCAUAUCAACUAUACAUGUCUAAUUAUA